AAGUAAAAAAAGGCUGCCCCACAUCUUGGUUUAGCACCACUAUACCCUCAUAACACAGAACAUCACAUGUAUGCUUCCAAUAACCAAAAAAAUGAGCCUACUAGCCCAAGUUCAAUUACCCCGGUUCCUUCGUUCUUCAUGUUCUACCAGGCGGUCAGCAACCGUCGGAGAAAUGGGCCACUAUUUCACUGCUAUGACAAAAAACAGACAGCGCCACUCUGAUAUAGUUCAGGCAGUGUCGACGGCUGAGGAACUUGGAAAUUUCAGAAUUUCUUCUUGUGUCUCCUUAAGAACUUGGCUCAAUAGUUCGGAUAGCGAUAGCGAUAAGCUCGAUGAUUUCCAUAGGCUUGUGAGGGAUGGCGACGUUAGACGACUCUGCCAAAAUGUGUACUUUGGUCGGUUCGAUCAUAAACGCAAAGGUAGCCAAAUCCGUGGUCUUGAAAGGCCUUCUUGAUUCGGUUGGCAGCAACGGUGGUGUGAUCCCGUUGACUAACGUCUCCGGCGAUGUUCUCUCAGAGGUCAUCCUCUUCUUGCAGAAGAAACGUGAUUUCCAAGAGAUCGUCGACAAAAUUGCCGCCAACUACAAGGGCUGGUCCACGGCCUUCAUCAACCGGAACCGUCCCAUUCUCCGCGAAUUGCAUCAGGCUGCGGAAGAUCUUCAGAUCCCGAGCUUAUUGGCUAUGACAACUCAGGAGCUAGAGCGCCAUGGUGGCUGCCACACCAACGAGUAUUCGUUCAGCCAAAUGUUCCAUUAUUUCACUGGUGUGGACAACAACCGUAGCAGAGAGAUUCUAGAGGAAUUGGACCGCGCUAAGUUAUUAGGAGGCAGUGUUGUUGCCUGUAAAGGCUUUAGGGACUGGUUCACUCAAACAGGAGAUUUUGGCAAGAGUCGUCUCGAGGAAUUCCAGGCUCUCAUGAUGUCCACUGACUUUAGGAAUAUCUGCCUUUCUCUUUACUGUGGUGACUACCGUCAUCAAGAAUUGAACCAUGUUUCCCUUACAAGUUCUGAUGGAAAGGUCUUAGAGAUGUUUGUGCCUGUUGCCGUUAAUCAAUCGCUGUUCUUGAGAAAGCUUGUUGGAUACAAUGGGAAUUCUGAGAACAUCAAUGUGAGCUGCACUGGCCAUGUUCUCUCUCAGGUCAUCGACUUCUGUCAGAAGACAUAUGAUUUCCUUGAGAUACAUGAUUUCCACCCUAUCGGGGAGGGCCUUCUGAUUGUGGACCAUUUCCAAGGCUGGAUGACAGAAUUCCUCAAGCGUAACCGAUGCAUUCUCCCACAUUUGGAUACAGUUGCGGACUUUCUCAACAUACCAAGCCUCUUGGUUGUGACAACUGAGGAAGUGGCAGACCUGGCGGCAAGGAUCCUUGACAAGACAUCGAUUUGGUGUGAGAAAUUAUCAUUUUCGCGAAUGCUCUCAUCCCUUUAUGUUAGAGUCACAGAGUAGGCUUGGCCAUCAAGUCGGAAAUUGGUUUGCUAGCUGUUGUUAAUCAAAGGAAUUGUUGAUUGCUCGUUCACCAUUUUUAUGUUAGCUUUCUUGGUGAACUUCAGUUUGUUUCCUAUUUGAAGGUUGUAGAAACAAUUGAUGAUGAACCCAUUUGGAUAUUGCUCUGCUAUGGAGCAUUACUCUCUAAACCGUUAUGUAUAAGUAUAUGAUUUUGAUGGAACUUAGUUGAUUUUUGCAUUGGUUAGUU